AAGGAAAAUGCAAAUUAUCCAUUGAAAAAAGAUCUGCUUCUUCUUCUUCUUCCAAAGUUCUCCCUUCAUGGCAGCCGCUAUCUUCACUCUAGAUGUCCAUUAUUCAAUCUCAAAGUCUGAUACAAAGAGACCCAUUUUCUUCCCCAAAACCCUAAAGAAAAACCCCACAAAAAGGUUCACAGUCUCUUGCAUAUCCAAUGAAUCUCCAUCAAAACCUCCUCUAAACCCACCGGGAUCAACCAAUGCCAAAAACCCAUCUUUGUCUGACCAACUAAAGCCUCUCUCCACCAACAGACUUUCCCCUUCUAAGAAAGACCAGAGCCCCCGUCUCCUGUCCAAGCCAAAGUCCACAUGGGUCAAUCCCGCCAGGGCGAAAAGGUCUGUGCUUUCAUUGCAAAGGCAAAAGCGCUCUCCGUAUCCUUACAAUCCUCGAGACAGAGAGCUGAAGCUGUUUGCAAAGAAGCUCAGUGAUUGUGGAUUUAGUGAAGAUGCUUUCUCGGCUGCUCUCGAGGAAAUCCCGCACCCACCCACCAGGGAAAAUGCAGUCUUGAUGCUUAAUAUCUUGAAACCAUGGCAGAAGACUCUUUUGUUCUUCAAUUGGAUCAAGGCCCAGAAUUUGUUUCCAAUGGAAACUCUAUUCUACAAUAUAACGAUGAAGUCCUUGAGGUUUGGGAAACAGUUUGAUAUCAUUGAUGAGCUUGCUAAUGAGAUGGUAAGCAAUGAGAUUCCCCUUGACAACAUUACAUAUUCUACUAUUAUUACUUGUGCCAAAAGAUGUAAUCGUUUUGAUGAGGCUGUUGAGUGGUUUGAGAGAAUGUAUAAAACUGGAUUGAUGCCUGAUGAGGUUACUUAUUCUGCAAUUUUAGAUGUUUAUGCAAAGUUGGGCAAGGUAGAGGAGGUGCUUAGUUUGUAUGAGAGAGGGGUAGCUAGUGGGUGGAAACCUGACCCUAUUGCGUUCUCUGUAUUAGGAAAGAUGUUUGGUGAGGCUGGAGACUAUGACGGUAUUAGGUAUGUUCUGCAAGAAAUGAAGUCUCUCGGAGUGGAGCCAAAUUUGGUUGUCUACAAUACAUUGUUAGAGGCAAUGGGCAAGGCAGGGAAGCCUGGGUUGGCCAGAACCCUUUUUCAAGAAAUGCUUGAGUCGAGUUUAACCCCAAACGAGAAGACUUUAACUGCCCUUGCAAAGAUUUAUGGCAAAGCAAGGUGGGCAAAAGAUGCACUGGGAUUAUGGGAGGAAAUGAAGUCUAAAAAUUGGCCAAGGGAUUUUAUUUUGUAUAACACACUGUUGAAUAUGUGUGCCGACAUUGGAUUGGUGGAGGAGGCAGAGAGUCUUUUUGAGGAUAUGAAGCUAUCGGAUAACUGUAGGCCAGAUAGUUGGAGCUACACUGCUAUGCUGAACAUAUAUGGGAGUGGAAGGAAUGCUGACAAGGCAAUGAAGUUGUUUAAAGAAAUGUCUGAGUUAGGUGUUGAGCUUAAUGUGAUGGGGAGCACUUGUUUGAUUCAAGGCUUGGGGAAGGCUAGAAGAAUUGAUGAUUUGGUUAGGGUGUUUGCUGUCUCAGUAGAACAAGGGAUCAAGCCAGAUGACAGACUCUGUGGAUCCUUGUUGUCUGUUGUGUCAUUGUGUGAGAGCAGGGAAGAUAUCGAGAAGGUUCUUUCCUGUCUGCACCAAGCUAACCCCCGGUUGGUAGCAUUCGUGAAAUUGAUUGAACAAGGGGAAACUAGUUUUGAGGUUAUCAAAGAAAAGUUCAGGGAUAUUAUCAGUGACACCACUGAUGAUGCAAGAAGACCAUUCUGUAAUUGCUUGAUUGAUAUAUGCAGGAAUAGAAACUUGCAUGAGAGAGCACAUGAGCUGCUUUAUCUGGGAACCCUAUACGGGCUGUACCCUGGUUUACACACUAAAACUGUGGAUGAGUGGAGUCUGGAUGUUCGGUCACUGUCUGUUGGAGCAGCUCAGACUGCACUUGAAGAAUGGAUUGGGACUCUAGCCAAGAUUGUUAGACAGGAAGAAGCGUUGCCAGAACUAUUUUCAGCUCAAACCGGUUCAGGAACUCACAACUUUUCACAAGGACUGGCCAACACAUUUGCUUCUCAUUUGAAGAAACUCGCUGCACCAUUCAAGCAGAGUGAAGAGAAAGCCGGUUGCUUUGUGGCAACAAGGGAAGAAUUAGUGUCAUGGUUGCAAUCUAAUAUUGCAUCACCUGCUGUUACAGCAUAAACAAUGAAUCUUCUGGUAAAUAAUAGAAGCCGUAGUUGUUCAAGGAUAAUUUGUAAUUUCGAACUUUGCAUCAUUUUAUGUACUGCUUACAGUAUCAUUACAC